UAAAGCGCAGCAUCCCGUUCACGCGCUGCCACUUGAUCAUCAUCCUCAUCAUCCUCAUUACCCGCAGGAUCACAAACACUCAAAUGCGGAGGGGCAUGAAGCGACUAUAACGGGACAACUGAUCACAAACACAACACACAGGAUCAUGACGAAAUCUUGCACGGAAGAACCCUCGAUGAUCGAGUCUCCGACCGGCAGCGCCAACUGGACCGACAAGAAGCAGAAGCCCGGGCACGAGGCCAUGCGCAAAGAGGACCUGGAGAACGACGAAGAGGAGGCUGUGCACAGGCUCGAGGACGCGCACGAGCUGGAGGAGGACGAAGAAGAGGAAGAGGAAGAUGAGGAGGAAGAGGAAGAGGGCGACGACGCGAGCAAGCCGAAGCGGCGUGGCCCGAAAAAGAAGAAAAUGACCAAGGCGCGCCUGCAGAGGUUCAAAAUGAGGCGCAUGAAAGCGAAUGCGCGCGAGCGCAACCGUAUGCACGGGCUGAACGACGCGCUCGAGAGCCUGCGCAAGGUGGUGCCGUGCUACUCGAAAACGCAGAAGCUGUCCAAGAUCGAGACUCUUCGUCUGGCCAAGAAUUACAUCUGGGCGCUGUCCGAGAUCCUGCGGUCGGGCGAGAGUCCGGAUCUGGUGUCAUUCGUGCAGGCUUUGUGCAAAGGUCUUUCGCAGCCCACGACUAAUCUGGUGGCAGGGUGCUUGCAGCUCAAUCCGCGGACUUUCUUGCCCGAGCAGCAGAGCCAUGCGCACGGAGCGAGCGUCGCUUCAUACGCCAGCAUGCACCCGUACUGCUACCAGAGCCCCGGUCUGCCGAGCCCGCCGUAUGGCGCUGCGGACGGUGCGCCGCACCACACGUUUCACGCCAAGACGGCGGCGCACGCGUACGGGAGCACGCUGCUCUUACCACCACCACCGCCUCCGCCUCCGCAGCCGCCGAGCGCCAUGCAGGCUGAGCCGUUUUACGACGCCGCGCUGGCGGACUGCGCGCACAGCCCCGCCGCGUCCUUCGAUGGGCCGCUCAGCCCGCCACUGAGCGUCAACGGGAACUUUUCUUUCAAGCACGAGCCACCGACGGAGUUCGAAAAGAGCUAUCACGGGUUCGGCGGCGGCGUGCAGCCCUACCAUCACCACGCGCCGCCGGGACACCACCAUCACCAUCACCCUCACCACCACCACCACGCGGCUCUUUACGAUUUACCACCCAUGGAGAACGUCGUGCCCUACGAGGGUCACUCUCACCACGAACGAGUCGUGCACAUGAACGCUCAACUCAACGCCAUAUUCCACGACUCGUGAGCUCCAGAGGACUUUUCCCUCACAGAGACAGUUCGAUUCAUAUAGUGCGUGUCAUCAUUGUUACCUGUUUAUGGCUUAUUGCAAAAAAAAAAAAAAAGAAAAAAAAAAAAGAUGGAGAGCAGCAGAAAAAAAGCCUUACAGUUGAAUUAACACGUGCACUUUUCUUUGUUCUUUUUUUUUUUUUUUUAAAUUAAAAAGAUUUAGCUUGACGGCUUGCAUGAGCUCGUUCUGCGUCAAAACCGUUAUUACGCGUGCGUAGAAUAGCCUGUCAAUUAGUUGAUAAGUUAGGGUUCCUUCGCGUGCCAGUGUUGUAGGUUACCUCAGUCGGCACGUGAACACACCUGUGUUGCUUCUUUGAGCUUCCAGAGGCUUCAGUUAGCCUACAUUGUGGUGUUGUUUUAAAAAAAUAAAUAAAU